UUGUCGCUGCCAAGAGGGAGUGCGGGUCAGCGGCUGCAUCUCUUCGCGAGGGGCAUGAAGCGAUAGGCUGCCUUUGGACGCGAGCGUACAGUCAUGUCACGAGCGGCGUCGGGCUGCGCGAGCGAGAGCGCCUGAACCAUCCACACCGGCGAGAGGCGGACUGUGCGGGAAUUAAAGCAAUGGGUGGCCAGAUAACGCGAAAUGCCUUCUACGACUCCCUGGGUGGCCCGUUCCCGUCCACGUCCCAUCGAUGCCACCACAAACCCAAGAGAUGCCUGCCUAUCCAGUGCGGCAGCGUUGGCAGGCCUCUUCCCAUCAGCCCACUGCUCUUUCAUCCAAACGCCAAGGGGUCCCAAAUCGUCAUGGACCUCGCCCAGAAAACAGUCAAGAGGCAGGCCAGUUUUUGCAAUGCCAUCACUUUCAGCAACAGGCCCAUGGCGCUGUAUGAGCAAGUCCGCCUCAAGAUUACUAAAAAGCAGUGUUGCUGGAGCGGGGCUCUACGUCUGGGCUUCACCGCCAAAGACCCAUCCAGGAUAAACCCAGACAACCUGCCCAAGUACGCCUGCCCCGACCUGGUGGCCCAGAGUGGCUUCUGGGCCAAGGCCCUGCCUGAGGAGUUUGCCAACGAGGGCAACAUUAUUGCCUUUUGGGUCGACAAGAAGGGCAGGGUCUUCUACCGCAUUAACGAGUCCAGUCCCAUGCUGUUCUUCAGUGGAGUCCGCACAGCCGAUCCCCUCUGGGCCAUCAUUGAUGUUUACGGUCUGACCCGAGGAGUGCAGCUGCUAGACAGUGAGAUUGUUCCUCCCGACUGCCUCCGCCCGCGCUCCUUCACCACAGUGCGCUCCUCUUCCCUCCGACGGGAAGCUGACGACUCCCGUCUGUCCGUCAGCCUGUGUGACCUCAACCUGCAGCAGGAGGACAGCAGCAACGGCCACAAUCACUCCCACCGCCACACCCUCCACCUGGCCUCUGCCUCCUCGUCCUCCACCUGCCCCAUACCGCAGAACUCCCUCAACUCCCAGCAGUCCUCUCUGCUGCCAUCCGCCCUGGAGAGCGACCUCCACUUCCACCAGCUGCGCGGCGCCCACAUCAAGACGCUGGACGAGCAGACGGUGGCGCGAUCCGAGCACGCACGGGAGGAACGCACUCUGGUCUUCACCAACCGGCCCCUGCGCACCGGGGAGACCGUCUUCAUCAAGGUCACCAAGUCCAGCCCGGCGCGCUCGGGCUCAUUGUCGUACGGCGUGACGUCCUGCGACCCGGCGGUGCUGCGCCCCAGCGAUCUGCCCUACAAUCCAGAGGCUCUGGUGGACAGGAAGGAGUUUUGGGCGGUGUGUCGGGUUCCAACGCUUCUCCAAAGCAGUGACAUCCUGGGCUUCUUGGUCAACCAGGAGGGGGAGGUCCUCCUCAGCCACAACGGCACCAAUGUGGGCAUGCAGGUGUGUGUGGACAACUCCCGCCCACUCUGGAUGUUCUUCGGUCUCCAUGGGGCUGUGACUCAGCUGAGGAUUCUGGGUUCCACACACCUCGGGGAUCCGCGGGCCUCGUCGAACCCCAGCUCGCCGUCCUCCUCUCCACACACGCCCAGCGCCUCCUCCUCUCCGCCCAGCGCCCUGGGCAGUGGCAGCUCCGAUCCGGUGCUGAGCGGAGGCCUGUGCUCCGCCGCGUACUGCAGCUCGCUAGGGGGAACGUCCCCAAAUUCACCAGUCAGCCUCCCCAAGUCCCCGACGUUUCCAUCGGGCCGCGGGCCGUGGCCCGACGAGUGCUCCAUCUGCUACGAGAACAGCGUGGACACGGUCAUCUACGCCUGCGGACACAUGUGUCUGUGCUACACCUGCGGCCUCAAACUCAAGAAGAUGUCCAACGCCUGCUGCCCCAUCUGCAGGAGGCAGAUCAAAGACAUCAUCAAGACCUACCGCAGCACGUAGAGGGGACGGGUGGACGGCCUCCCCCCCAGAACCGCAACAUCCGGGGAAGACGUGUCUAAGUUCAGGGAAUAUGAACUCUGGUACUUUUAAUUUGGUGUAUUCACAGAAUUGUUUAGUUCGCUAACGUGACCUUUUCCAAAGUCGGUACCGCUUUGCUUGCAAAGGCCUCCUGUCCCUGCAGAGGGGUGGCAUAUGAAGAGGGCGGAGGUUCCACGGAGAACGUUCUUCUCAAGCAGAAGAUGCUCUCUCCUGGGACCUUGGAAGACUGCGAACGAGAGGGAUAAACCGAAACAAAAAAAUAUUUCCUUUGUUGAGCCAUGUUGUAAGUUUUAGGGACUGUGACCCCAAUUUUGCACCGAAGCCAGCGAGUGACUUUGGGGCUGAAUGUCUUGAUAAGUUCCGUUAGUUCUGGCAGGUUUUGGCCUCAGUACGUCACAACUUGUGUCUGUGUGUUACUGAGCACUGGGAAAGAGAAGUCAGUCCGGACUGGGUGAAGUGGUGGAUCUCCGUUACUGUCGUGGUGAUUAUCAGUGAGUGGUGUGAGUCUAGAGAUGGGGAGCGGAGUAUAUUAAGUAGGAUUGUAACACCUCUUGUACUCGUAUAGUCUCAUGUACCCUUUAUGGUAGUUCUGUUGCAAAUGUCGGUGGUAGCUAUAUCGUUGUGCUGGCUAGCAGCUUGCUCUGCAAUGUGGUAUGUUGCACUGAAAUCAGCAUUGUCUCUCAGAAACGGCCCGUUAAUAGACAGAGAGGGUAAAGACAUUCAUCGGUUCAAACGACCUCCGAGCCUGCGGCCAGCACUCAGCCGCUCUGAAUCUCUGAAGGGAAACAGGAAGUGGUUUUGCAUUCUCCUCAGGGCCAACAAUCUUUUUACUAUCCUCCCAAAACUGUACCUGUAUCACGCCUAACACACUGUGAGCUCUCAUGAUGAAACGGACAGGUGCUCUGAAACAGUUCCCAUGACAGCGCAGAGUCAAAGGAUCGUUGCCAUGGUAUCGGAAGCCAACCAGAGAUGCAACACAGCCUCCGGCCUUAAACCAGAGGAGGUUCCUGUGUGACGUGUCAUUCAGGUGGUCUCUGCCGUUGUUCCAAAAACCCGUUGACACAUCACCAAAUAACGCUGUUGUGUGGCACAAAAGGUUCACUCAGAGAAACAAAGCACACGCAUCUAAAAAAAAAAAAAUAUUUUUGUAACAUAAAUUCACAACAUUUCCAAUAUUUAACUAAAAUGUUUGAUAACCGUAGUGACGGGGCUUUCACCAGCAGCAAAAAUCCGUUCAUAUUUUGAAUAUUUGUAUGAUUCCUAUCCGCUGAUUCUGCUACAAAAUGUCUUGAUGCGUCCCCCCAGAGAUUUCCCCUCCUCAGCAGCCUUAGCUCAUCCCGGGACCCCCGGAGCCGAGGGGCUGUGGGUCUUUUUUAAUGAUACUUGGUUCUGAUGAUCCACUCAGGACCUCAGAACUUUGCUGCUACGCUAUCCGCCAGCAAAUGCUGACUGAUGUUUCACACAUCCCUCCUCCCACAUUACACGUUGAUGACGCUACUGCUUGAAGUGUUGAUUCACAUUUGAAUGUUAACUUAUGUAUUUAGAAAGAUUAAUGAUUUUCAUCAGUGUGCUUGAUUUGAAACAACAAAAAAAACAAAGAAAAAAACUUUUGUCCGUUUGUUGGUUUGUUUUCAGAUUUCCUCCUUAAUGAUAAUCAUGAUUCUGAGAUUUGUUUUCCUGGUUUUUUUUCCAUUCUGGUUUGCUAAUAAUGGGACUAUAGAGUUUCUUGUACUUUGCAGGCAAUACAAUAUUGCAGUGCACAAUCAAGAUCCCGUUGCUUUGGGGUGCAAGAUAUAAACUCUUGGUUUUAUUACCACCCUUGAACUUAGCGAGCUCUUUUUGAGUCAUUUAUCUACUUGUGUAUUAGCCCGUGAUAGGGAGCCCUACUACCCGUCCUGUAAGUAUAUCUCUUCUCAUUAUUGGGUCUCUGAAUGGUAAUGAUAAAUGUCACUUUAUAAAGCUACUGAUUGUAAUCUUGUCCAUGUUUAGGCCAGCGUUGCUCUCUGAGACUCAACCACGGCACGUCGUCCUUUGACACUCCGACCAAAUUGAAUCAUUGAUUAUUUUAUUUAGUUUUUAAGUCGCAUAAAUGUAAUUCCUUUGGUGCAAAACCCUGUUUUCUGUUUGGGCUUUUAAUUAUUUAUUUUUUUACACCAUAUGAAUUGAUAAACACACACACCCCAAGCCAAAACCCAUUUGGCUGAAGAUUUUCAUCAGUAAACAU